AUGCAGAGACAGGCCAAUGACGACACGGAAUAUGACGAGGAAGAAGAUGUUCCGCUUCACUACCUGCGGCCCUUCGGCGCAGGUAUCCAGCGCAGGCCGAUCCAGUUCGUCAAGGCGUCAGACCCAACCCUGAGCACGAACGAGCCGGUCAAGACCACAAAGUCCGGCUCCUCGGUGGGGGAUUUCUACCUCAGCCUUGUCCUCCCGAGCGAGAAGAAGCCAGAAGCCGCGAAGCCAGAGGCACAUAUAUGCGCCAUAUGUGACUUGCCACUUGGUAAAGACGAUGCCGUAGGAGAAAGCAACAAGGGCGGCAGUAAUAGCAGUAAGAACUCAGCAACAAUACUAAAGCACGAGGCUUCCAUUGCUCAUCAGGUGUGUCUCACGCACUCGCACCCUCCAUCGGCGCUGGACCGGUCGCGCAUGGGCUUGACGUACCUAUCAUCGCACGGCUGGGACCCGGAUUCGCGGAUGGGUCUCGGCGCCGCAGGCCAAGGGAUACAAUAUCCUCUUAAGACGAAGGCGAAGGAGGACAAGUAUGGCCUCGGGCUAGACAUUCCCAAAAACUUGAAGAGCAGGGUCGAGAAGAAGCAGAAGCCUCAGACGCUGGACGCGAAGAAGUGCCGGAAAAAGGCCGACGAGGAUAAGAAGAAGGCCGAGAGGCUGCGGCAGAUGUUCUACGGUAGCGAGGCCAUGGACAGAUACCUUGGUUCAGGAUUAUGA